AUCGAAUAGAUAGUUGGGAAAUUAUCACGUGUUGCUGGAGGCAAAAUCGACAAGUUGCUGUGCAAUUGACCGCCCAUUAUUAAUAUAAAGGGAUUGUAAAUAAUAUACACCCAAUACAACGGAGGAGCUCAUCAGGUCACAUUUCCGACACUUCCCAUAUCUUGUCCCGCGGGGACGCCGCCCACCACGGUGGCCAAAACUGCCGAGCUGCCGUACGGGCAUAACCUCUUCGAGCAGUUGUCCGACAUUGAACUGGAGGCUUCCCAUCCGCUGCUCCAAAUGUCAACAGGGUCUGGCACGGGUCUGACGGCCGCCCAGACGUCAUUUAUUGUGAACGAAGGUUUCCUAAGCACUAAAGCCGGCUACACGGACCACAGCUGGGCCGAACUGGAGCAGAAUACCAGCCCGAAGCAGUCAUAUGAAGAGAGCUCCUCAGAGGUACAACACCUGAAUUCCAGCCAGAAGUAUAUAUCAUCCACCAUCAAGGACAAGAAGAAAGACACGCAAAUGAAUCCUGUCAAUUCAAAGCCCAGCAUCAUCUCCUGCGUGCAGGAGACACCUCAAAAAACCAUCAAAAUCAGUGCUACUACGGGAUCUCCUCGUAGGAAUGCGGGAAUGACAAAGGAAGAUCCAUUUAAGCACAAAUGCCGCUGCGGAACCUCUGGAGUGCUGGCUAACCCCAAAACUACCUGUCGCAAUAAUCGCUGUCGCUGCUACGUGUCUGGCAACUCAUGCAGAAACUGUCGCUGCUUUGGUUGUCACAAUCCGCAUAAGACGGAUUUACUUGAUUCCGAUGAUGAAGACGAAUUGGAAAACUUGGCGCCCCCAUCACUCCCCAAUCUCCAGAGCGAGAAGAAGCCAGCACCAACAAACGCAACACCAACAAAGAAUGUAAAUGUAAAAAAUACUGGCGUUUCUGCACCAGCGUUCGAUGGUCCCCAAGGCGGUUUAGUUUUAGUGCCCGUUAGCAAUAUGGAACAAUCCCUACAUCCUUUGGUUCUCGUUAAGAACGAGCAUGGGGACUAUCAAUGUUUCAACAUCUUCCAAGACAACGUACCGAUUGAUCCCGCCACAGUUGGCCUUCUGCGUAUCCGGAUUACGGAUAACGAUUACCACAGCCAGAUUCCGGACUAUGCGUAUGUGAUGUGACCUUCUCUAGUGGUGCCUUAGGCAGCUCCACCUGCCAUCAAAAGGAGUGUACGUCAAAGUGGUUUCAAGCACGCGAUUAUAUUGACGAGCUGGUCAGUAGUGGCUCCUCCUUGCUAAUGGAAUUCUGCCGCUAGCGCACUCACUGUUCGAGGAGA